AUGGCUCUGACAAACCCCAUGAAGACCAUGCCCAUGGGCCCUUGGAAGAUCACCGUGUACGACCAGGAGAACUUCCAGGGAAGGCGCAUGGAAUUCACCGCCAGCUGCCAGAACAUCAUGGAGUGCGGGAUGGAGAACAUCCGCUCCCUGAAGGUUGAAUGUGGAGCCUGGGUGGGUUAUGAGCACUCCAGCUUCUGUGGCCAGCAGUUUGUCCUGGAGAGGGGAGACUACCCUCGCUUUGAGGCCUACAGUGGCAGCAACUCCUACCGCAUUGAGAGGAUGAUCUCCUUCAGGCCCAUCUGCUGUGCUAACCAAAAAGAGUCCAAGAUGAUCAUCUACGAGAAGGAGAACAUGAUUGGUCGUCAGUUUGAGCUGUGCGAUGACUAUCCCUCCCUGCAGGCCAUGGGUUGGAUGAACAAUGAGGUCGGAUCAAUGCACGUGCAGUCUGGCGCCUUUGUGUGCUACCAGUUCCCCGGUUACCGUGGUCAUCAGUACAUUCUGGAGAGUGACUGCCAUGGAGGAGAGUUCAAGUGCUACCGUGAGUUUGGCUCCCACGCCCAGACUCCCCAGAUUCAGUCCAUCAGGAGGAUUCAGCACUGA